AAAAUGGCCGAACAACAGUCUGGUCAGUUUCAUUUUCACCGGAUAAUACCGUUGUUUACGUUUGCAAUUUGACUGAAGUAACAACAUUGUGUUUGGACCUAUGGUACAAGACACAAAUAGUUUAGAAGUAUGCCGAUACAAGCUCCACAAUGGACAGAAUUCUUGUCCUGUCCUGUUUGCUACAACGUGUUCAAUGAGGAGCAUUAUCGUCCAAUCAGUCUGGCCUGUGGUCACACGGUCUGUAGGACAUGCUUGUCCAAGUUUCAACAAAGGAAAUGUCCAUUUGAUCAAUCUCUGAUAACUCGAGAUAUAGACGAGCUCCCAGCUAACUUUGCACUGUUACAGCUUGUCAGUGUAACAGCAUCCCCAGAUGUCAAGAAGCCAUGCAUACUGGACAAGUACAAGAAAUAUUACGACAGAUCAAGAAAAUGUGUUGAAGACCUGGCGCUCCUACUUAAACCAGUUUCUUCCAGUAGUACUGGUUCAAUAAUAUCAGUGCCAGCAACAAGUACAAGUAGUUCCGGGACACCAAGCUGUGUUCUGAGUCGUCCAAUGCAGCGUAAGCUGAUCACACUUGUCAACUGUCAGCUUGUUGAAGAUGAAGGUCGUGCCAGAGCAUUGCGUGCUUCAAGGUCACUUGGUGAGAGAACAGUUACUGAGCUGAUUUUGCAGCACCAGAAUCCACAACAGUUGUCGUCAAAUCUUUGGGCUUCUGUCAGAGGAAGAGGAUGUCAGUUCCUUGGACCAGGAAUGCAAGAGGAAGUAUUGAAGUUGAUCCUAUUGGCACUUGAAGAUGGUUCAGCACUGUCCAGGAAGGUUUUAGUACUAUUUGUAGUACAGAGAUUGGAAGCUCAGUACCCACAGGCCUCCAAAACUGCAAUAGGACAUGUUGUACAGCUCUUAUAUAGAGCCUCGUGCUUUAAGGUUACAAAGAGAGAUGAGGAAUCAUCGCUUAUGCAAUUAAAGGAAGAAUAUCGUACAUACGAGUGUUUGAGACGUGAACACGACUCACAAAUCGUACAAAUAGCUAUGGAAGCUGGACUGAGGAUUGCACCUGACCAGUGGUCAUCCCUGUUAUAUGGGGAUUCAACGCACAAGUCUCACAUGCAAUCAAUAAUUGAUAAGCUUCAGACUCCUCAGACGUUCUGCCAGAGUGUCAGUGAGCUAUUGAUAGCCUUACAGAGAACUGGGGACCCAUAUAGUUUAUCAAAGCUAAAACCAGAGUUGGAAUUCUUGUCAAAUAUAGACUCUAGUCCUGAUGUACCAUGUCCAACAUGGGAGAAUCUGGAUGGUGUUUUGAGGGCAGUUAAAACUGUGGUAGAAGGUUUAGUUAAAUUUCUUCAAAGUGCCGGUGCCAGAAAGCCUGAUGUUUCUAUGCCAUUCAGUGGUCGUUACAAAACUAGCCUGUGUCGUGAUUAUAUGGAGCGUGGGAAUUGUCCACGAGCAAAUAGUUGUACAUUUGCUCACUCGGAGGAGGAACUGGAAAAGUACAGACAGAAAAACAGGAGAAUACCUCGAGGUCCAGGUGGAUAUAGAGAUGAUGAAAGAUCUGAUAGACAUGAAUACGUUGAUGGAACAAAAGGAAGAUAUGAUAAUAGACAGGAGUAUCCACAGUUUAAAGGUCCUCCUCCUGGCCCUCCCUCACAUUUAGCUCCACCCUCUAAGUUGGCAGCUCAAGCAGUGCCACCCUCUCAAAGAUACCCACCUCCAAACAUUGCUCCACCACUUCAACAAGGAGUUCAGUCUGUACAGGGAGGACCUCCUCCAUAUGUAGCUCCACCUCCAGCAAUGCUUCCAAAGAUGGCUCCUCCUCCAGAGAUAGCACCACCCACACAGGUAGCACCGCCUCUGCAAGCUGACCAGUCUCCAUCCAUUGAAUCCCCUGCCACUCAAAUUAUUGAACAAGUUGCUGUGGAUGCAGCAGGUAAUGUGGUUCAGUCUCCUGUCGAGGUACUAGUAAUGCCUGGUGGACUAGUGCAACCCACUGGAGACAUUGUACCACCUACAGUCUCGCCUACAGCUAAUUUUAUCACACCUACUCCAGGAUAUGUAACACCUGUUGAUCCUAUAAUUCAACAACAAGUUGGAGACUCCCCAACAGCUGUUAUGCCACCGAAUGGUGACACUGCAAUACUGCAAGCAGGAAGCAUACUUCCUCCAGGACAACAAGGGAUGCCCUGUGCAAUGGUCCCACCCCAGAUACCAGUUCCUGCCAAUCCACAGGGUUUGAUGCAGCCAGGUAUGAGUAUGGAAAUGCAGCAGAGAGCUAUGAUGCCAGGAGGGCCUCCAGGAAUGCCACCUAACAUGUCACAGAUGAACGGAAUGAUGUAUCCGUUCAUGCCACCUUACGGUCCGCCAGCACCAGGAAUGAUGGGACCUAGAUUUUCGAUGCAUCCGAUGAUGUAUGGUCAGUACCCAUACCCUGCAGUACAUCCGUAUAUGUCGUACUACCAGCAUGGCUUUGUGCCUUCAGACAACUCCCAGAUGCCGUAUGACAACUAUAACACAUCUCUGAAUCCAUUCGCUGAGCCUUGGAAACCAGGUAUGUGUCACGGACAUAGUCAUGACCCAAGAGCGCAGUUUGCUGGAAAUACGGGCUUGGAGAAAUGCUCAGUUUGCAGUGAGAGGGACGAGGAAGAACAGCGAAGACGACAUCUCUGUGAUAAACACAAACACGAACAGGACAUGGAUCAAAAAUAUCAAACAAAACAAGACAUUACUAAUAAACCAAAUUCAAAAAAUAAUGUUUCAAAAUUUCCUGACAAUGGCAAAUUGAAUAAAGAAAAUGGACAGCAGGUACAGAAUGGAUUUAGCCAAAGUAAUUCAGGUAACAAAAAGUUUGCAAGUCAUUCAGCAAAAUCAGGGAAAUGUACUGAAAGCCAGGAUUAUUCAUAUGGAAAUGAGACUAAAAGCGGAAAUGACAAAGACCGGCCAGCUGAAUGGAGCAUUAACGAUGAUUAUGAUGAAGAAUACAGUGAGAACAGUUGUUCUGACGCAUACAACUACAAGGCACAAGGAAGAAGCAAAUCGCGGACAGAUGAGGAACAAAUUGACAGAAGUGAUUACCAACAGUCCAAACAGUCACAUAGCAGUCGACGAGACCAGCAGACAUCACAGCAUGAGCACUGGCAGGCUUCACAAGAGGAGUAUAGUAGUAAUGAUACUCAAAAGGAGUCAGUCAAGUCUGUACCUACCUCUGCAGCUCUGAGUACAUCAAAAACUCCACCAAUUCCUGUUAUGCUGGAACCCAAUGCUAAACUUUAUAGACAAUCUUUAAACAACCUAAGAGAGAAGCGUAAUUCACUGAUACAACAGUUACAAGAGAUCAACAAAGAGGCAACAGCACAGGAACACAAGCUGGAAGAACUCUCAGAGAGUCUGCCGAAUCUUUUCAGUUUUGACCCAGUAGAUUUCCAAAAAAUUGAUAAUGACACACUGAAUGAAGCCACAGUAUACGCCAGCACGUUGAAGCAUCCUAAACCCCUAGAUACUGGACCUUUCAGCUUGAAGAAAACUGCCCCAUCUAAUGGAGAGAUCUUUGAAAGAUUAGGGGCUAUAUCGGGUGUCCCUCCAAGAUCUGUAAAUGACAGUAUAAUAGCCUCAUGGACAGCUGCAACACUGAAAUACUCGGAGUGUGAAGACAAUCAUUUGGAAUCUGGUCAGCUGGAGGCUUUCAAUAGUCAGGCUCCUACGUCUGAUUCUAUGAGUAAAACAUUUCUGACAGGCAGCAGUAAGGAAGAUAAUUCUUCUAAAUGGAGCAAUGUAGAUCAAGAUUUUCCAUAUUGGAAAGACGUCACUCAGACUCUAGAUUCCCCCAUGACUACCCCGCCUUGUACACCGUGUCCGACCCCUCAGAGCAGUUCUCACUCUGGUUUGAGAGUGAUGUCGGACAUUUCGCCUAGCAGUUCUGCUCAAAUCAUUCAGCAGUCUAGAGGCCUUCCAUACAGCCACAGAGCCGAAGCAGUGCUUGGUACUAAUACAUCAACAUUUGGUCAGCCUGUUUCCAGUCGAACGAAGACAUCCUCACAUGUCAGCAGUUAUGGUUCAAGGUCCUCUGUAUAUAUUAGCAGCUCAACAAAUACGAGUACACCAAGCAGCCAGACAUACAAUAACUCAGAAAACUAUGGAAGAAACUACGCAGUUAGUGUUGGGACACCAUCAAGUUCUGUAAGAACUUCACAGCUUACUGGUACAGGAGCCACCCAGAGGAUUGGAACGGUAUCCUCACAGAUGAAGACCUCUACUGGAAUGUCAGUACCUCAGUCUGUUGGUUAUACAUCAAACUAUGAGCAACUUAAGAAAGACACAGGUACCACUGCAAGUUACUGGCCAUCGUCAGCUGCUUCUCUAGCAUCUUCAAUGAAUAUUUCUCCGUCUGCUUCAUAUCGUAACACUACACAGAUGUAUGGAACUACAAGCAGCACAUUCAACACUUCUUCAGAGAUAUAUUCCUCUGCGUCAUUCUGUAGUAUGUUGAGUUCUUGUGAGGAAGAAGAUAUUCCAUUCAUAGAAGGUUCGCCAAUUAUCUCCAAGUACGGUCCAAUUUCACGUAACGUGAACAAGAACAUUCAGCAGACAACACAGUCUUUGGAGGCAAUGGCUGAUAAAGACGCCACCAAGACAGCCCCAGUGACUGCAGUGACCCCAUUAUUAGGACCUCCAUUGCCUAGUACCCAGAAAGUUCCUAGUAGAUUUACACAGUCAGAAGAUGGUCUGUGCAAACUGAACAACAGUAACUCUUCACCUGUAACUGCUUACGAGAAGUCCUAUUCAUUAUGGACCACUGAGUUGAAUCUGUUAGAGCAGAAGGCAAAGAAAGCGAGCACAGAGGACGAGAUGCUUAGUGUGAAGUUACAGGCAGUUCAGAUGCAGAUAGCGCUGAAAGAGCAAGAACUUCAGCAGGCUCAAGUUUUGGAGACAUCUGUGUGCUCUGAAUACCUAAAGAACAGACACUUACAAGAACUGAUUGAUUAGAGGCUGGUGUGCAAGUGGAUUAAUUUUGAGGAUAGAUUUAACAUGACAAUCUGUACACUUUGGCCUAGUGAUUUAGGCAUGUGCCUUUGGAAGAAUUUGUCAAAGGUUAGAACCCCAAUUGGAGCUGUUCUCAUGUUAUCGGUAUGUGAGCUGCCACCUAGUGAUAGAAUGUUUAUUGAUUGCCUUUCUUCUUGAUGCUUGAUAGUAAAGAAAAGGAUUAGGGAGGUCAAAGGUGUCUUCUAAUUCAAAAUGGCUAGCCCUUUUCAUAAAAGGGUUGACACUUUAAUGAAAUAGCACUUUACACUUUAUUAACAGGUGUACAAGAGAAACAGUAUUAUACUGUGUAAACACUGGAAAAUUUCAUAAACAGAUGAAAUUAAGUCAGACUGCUAACUGUGGAUACAUUUGGAGACAUGGAAAAGUUGACAACUAUUAGCUGUUUCUUUUAUCGUUAUUGUAUAUAUGGUUAUUAAGGGCAUUUUUGAUGCAUGUAAUAGAGGUACUUAGAACAUAUAUAUGUUUUAUAAUUUUUUAUGUUGAAUAUUUUAAGAAAAUAUUUGUGUACAAAGUAAAUUUAUUGCAUGUCUUUCAGUAAAUUAUUGAGAUAUAAGAGUUAAAUAUGUAUGGUAUUUUCACAGUAAAAAAUAUCAAAUAUAUUUUUUACUGGUAAGAAACUAUAAAAUGGGUAAAUUUAGUCAAAACAUGAAGUAAAAAGAAAACUUAAUUGUUUUACAUUUGAGAUCAAAAUAUCUUUCACUCAUGAACACCAAAUCUUACAUUUUCACUCCUGGCUAUGCCACUUAUGAAAAUACUGCAUUUGGUGUUCAGUCAUGACAUAUAUUUCUGUCUUACACUGAAACAAAUGACAGUAGUUGUGAAAAUUCUCUGCAUGAUAGAUGUAAGAUAUAUACUGUAAAUUCAAGAAUAUUCAGGGGGAGUGGGGACUAAUUUUUUGAUGCAUGUAGGUUUCAUGGUUGAGACAAUGUACGAAAUUUAAUACCAAUUAAAGAUAAAAUUUCAAUUCAUUUUAUGUUCAAAAUAUGUAUUCCACGAAUUCAUAUUCCCAGGAAAUAGACAAUUUGACCAAAAAAAAAAAACAAAAAAAAAACAAAACACAAAAUCACAUGCCCAUGAAAUUAAAUGAAUUCAAAAUACUGUAGGUUGAAAUUGACUUGACUGUGUUGCUGUAAUGUUCAAGAAAAUUACUGUUAAGCUUUUUUCUAUGAAAAAUGCACAGACAGACACAAGGUCUCACAUGUUUUAAAAAUAUUAUAAUUUAUCUGACUAACAUUGAAUCUAGUAAACAGAAAUGGUUAAAGGAGAAAAAAGAUGAUAUGAGCCGUGCCAUGAGAAAACCAACAUAGUGGGUAUGUGACCAGCAUGGAUCCAGACCAGCCUGUGCAUCCGCGCAGUCUGGUCAGGCUCCAUGCUGUUCGCUUUUAAAGCCUAUUGGAAUUGGAGAAACUAUUAGCGAACAGCAUGGAUCCUGACCAGACUGCGCAAAUGCGCAGACUGGUCUGGAUCCAUGCUGGUCGCAUACCCACUAUGUUGGUUUUCCCAUGGCACGGCUCAUAUAUCAUGUAUUACCAUAUUGUGGGUAACUUAUAGCUUUUGACAAUUAUCCUAUUGUUCUGCUUAUUUUACUAUGAUGUAUUGAACUAGAUUAUAUUGUUUGUAUUGCUUAAAUAUUGGUGCGAUUUUGUAAAUUUUAUUUUCUCAUAAUUUUUUCAUGUUUUUGUAAAUACCAUAUCUCUGUGAGGUGUCCAUUUCUCCUUUUCAAUAUGCAGUUUAAAGUUCUUUUAUGAUGCAUGUAUAUAUUUGUACUGACCCUUUCAAUAUAAGUUUUAUCACAGUUUGUUAGUAGCUAUUCAAUUGAUUAUUUUAUAUUGAUAUACAUUAUGUAUUUAUAUUUCAGAAAUAUGGUAAGGGCCUCUGAUUAUUUCUCGCUUUUGCUUACACGGAAGUAAUUGUGUAACAUCAUUUAUAAUAUCCGGAUAACAUAGAACAAAGCCUGGACUCAACAUACGGAAACAAAAGUCAUUUUAUGAAUAAAUGGCAGCCUGUGUGUAAAGUUAUAAAAAUGGCAAUGUUAGUACCUUUCUAGAGAUAAAAUAUGAUGUUAAAAUGUUUGACAUGUUAGAAUCUAAAUAAUUCCUAAUAAUGUCUCAAAAUCAGCUUGAAAUGAGGGAAUCUCUUUAAUCAUGGUCAGAUAUCUUAAAAACAAGCUCAUGGACCUACACAUUUUAUUUCACCGCACUAUCGUCCAUACAUUAGAUGAGCCGCGCCAUGAGAAAACCAACAUAGUGGCUUUGCGACCAGCAUGGAUCCAGACCAGCCUGCGCAUCCACGCAGUCUGGUCAGGAUCUAUGCUGUUUACUUUCAAAGCCUAUUGGAAUUAGAGAUACUGUAGCGAACAGCAUGGAUCCUGACCAGACUGCGCGGAUGGGCAGGCUGGUCUGGAUCCAUGCUGGUUGCAAAGCCACUAUGUUGGUUUUCUCAUGGCGCGGCUCAGAUUAUAAUCAUGAGAAGUUUCAUUAAAAUCCUUCUAAAGACUGAUCAUUUCUUAAUAUCAAGUAGCAUUUUUAUUUCAUGCUUGGCCUUACCAGAAAUGUCAGAAAUAGGCAGCUCUGUGAGUAGUUUUACUAAAUACUCCUCAUGCACAUGUUGCAGGUAUAUAAGUUUAUAAGUCCUGUGUAAAUAUGUAUUCUCUGUAUUCUAGAAGCCCCAUUGCUUGUCUUUGAAGUGUCCAAAGUCUAUGCAUGUAGUUUGCUUUCAAAUUCUGUAGCAUUAUAAAACAAUAUCGUAUCAAAGCCAUGGUUCGCACAGGCCAUGAAAAGUCCUUGAAUUUGAUGCCUACUCCUUGAAAACUACUUGAAUUUUGUAACAGUCAGAAACUACUUGAAAACUACUUGAAUUUAGGAAAAAACGUACAAAAGAUGGCAAAUAGUCCUUAAAUUCGUCGGGUGCGAAGUGAAAACAGACAAACAUUAUAAACGGACCAAAAUAAACUAAAAAACGACAAAAAAAACCCAACCGUUACCGCCAUUAGGACCUGCCAUGGAGUCGGCGAUAGUACGGUACGGUACGGUACUAUACUUUACGGGUUUUAUGCUCUUUCAAGUAAUUUUCACACUGUGUAAUUUAUUCGCGAUGCGUUGAAGGUAAACCUUGUGUUACAUUGUUUAAUUUUGUCCUAAAUUGGAUUUAAAUUGGUUAUUUCAUGUCUCAGCAACAGUGACAUUGUGCCCAUUUUAGUCCUUGAAAAUGGAGGAAAACUACUUGAAAACUCCUUGAAAACUACCUGAAUUUUUUUUGGGAAGGUCUGUAUGAACCAUGAAAGCUGAUCAAAGGAUAAAGCAUCUGUUUUUGAGAUGGUUUUGAAUUUGUAGCUGUAUUUUGUUUAGUGUUAGUACAAUUUUUUUUUUGUAUAUAGCACGAUAGUCUCUCAUAUUUAGACAUAUACAUGUAAGAUUAUUUGUUUUUACCACAGUAAAUUCAUUUGUUGUCCAAUGCAAUAUAGUUAUUAGCAGGGCUUCGGAAGUUUGUCGGUUUUGGACCGAUUUUUGACUUUUCAGACCGAUUCGUGAAGUGAAAAAAAGAAAAAAAUCGGUCCCGUAAAAAUGGAGAAAAGUAUAAAUUUUGGUCUGAAAUCUCAAUACACGAUCACCUGCCAAGCAGGAAAUUGUUGGUCGCACCCUCAGAUAAUCAAAAAUUUGUCAAAUGGUCUGACUGUCACCUUGAUAAUCGGUCCGUAAUUAGCACGUGACGCAAUCAGUGCUCGCGCGACACAUCUUUUAAUGUUUGCAGACAGCUGACUGCAAUGUAUUAAACAUUUUUGACUGGUUUCCAAAUGUUUCUGACUGGAUCCAAAUCCGUUCGACGGGGAUCCACUUCUUUUAUUUAGAAUCCAACAGAUGGUUUAUUUCAAAAGGCUAUGUUUGAUCACGGAUAAAAAACAAAUGGUCACUGCAUUUAAUGAGACAUCACACAGGAAACCGAUAUAAAUAAUUAUUAUAAUAACUUGAUUUGUAAAAAUUACAUGAUACAUUUGUUGGGGCGCCAGUUGAAACAAGUGCAGAAAAUCGUCUUUGCAACCCGACUGUACAAAAAAAAAUAAAGAAAAAAAUGGACUGACAAACACGAAUGAUAAAGAAAACCGGAGUGGCGCUGUUUAUUAAAUCGGUCUUUUAAAAAACGUUUCAAAACGAAAUUUUGUUUACAUCUGAAGAGAACAUAUAACUUAAUAAAAUGUAGUUGCUUAUUGAAGUACAACGCCAGUGAAAUGAAAUAUCCGUGGCAUAACCGCGUGACAAAAUGGUACUACACAUGCGGGAAAUUCGAUCUCAGCGUUCACAUAACGUACACAUUCGGUCCGCGGCAGAGUAUUCUUGAAAUACUGAGGAUGUAUAGCAGAGAAUAUGUGUCAUGUAAUUCAAUUUGACGCAUUGUAAUUUAAAAAAUUCCGUCAAAGAAUGAGGAAACAUCGUGUAUACGGUACCGAAGUCACAUGCGUUGGCUUUUAGACUAGUUAGGUACAUGGUGUAUGCCUCGGUAAUUUUAUCCUUGCAAGUAUUUUCUAGGAAAAACAUCGAAAUUUAAACAAAGUAACGAUCACACAUAACACUGAAUAACUGUAAUCAUUGUAAGGUAACUCGCGUUGACCGGUAACUCAGUUUUAAUGCAUGACAUGCUUAUUAUCACGUUUUACAAAUAUGGUAUAUUGGUAAUGCGGUAGGUGGGGUAGCGCCGAUGUCAGGAUAUUCGUUUCGGACCGAUUGAGUUUCAAAAUUUCCGGAGCCCUCGUUAUUAGUCAUGUUAAUUUAUACUGUCUGAUUCACCUGUUCAGAAACAGGGUUUUUCCCCAAUUUCUCGUUAUAAUUUGACUGCCGCUGUGCGAAAAACCAACGUUCUCGCUUAGCCAAUGAUCAGUUUACAUGUAUACUGUUUAUUCAUCCCCACGUCCAUACUGUUUGUUUAUCAGUUUCAGCACUCACAUGCAACUAAUAAGCAACAGUAUGGAUCAAGAUCAGACUUCACAUGUAUGCAGGUUGAUAUGGAUCCAUAUUGAUUUCAAAUCCUUAAUGUUGGUUUUCGCACAGCAGUGCUCUUAUAGACAUUAUCAUUCAUAUUAUAAUAAUUCUAAGGAACUACAUUUGUUGAUUAUAUUAAGAAAAUUUAAUGGAUUUUUUUAUAUUUUGAAAUAUCUUGAAUAGAAACACUUUCGUUACACUAUUUUGCAGUGAAAAUUUCAAGCAUUUUUGACACCUGUCAAAUAGCUUUUUGGUUGAUUUAUUGUUAUAAAGCUUUUAGGAUAUCUUAGCAUAAAAGCAACCUGUUCUAUAAAUAGCAUGUAGCGGAAAUGGUCCUUGAAUAGCCAAAGGAUAUUUUAUAUUUUAAAUGAAUUUACCAUUUUAUUGAAUACCCUCCUUCAGUUAUUUUGAAGAGAAUCUGCAAGACAGUUAAGAUGUUUGACAAACUUUGCCAUAUUUUAACAUCUUUUGGACAAUUUUUCAUGAGUAUGGAAUAACACUUACCAUGCUGGACACGAUUUGUUCUGUCUUUGUGACCAGUGUAGAUCAUGAUCAGCCUGCACAUCCAUGCAGUCUGAUCAUGAUCUACACUGUUUGCCAUUUAGCAGGGUAAGGAAUAUUGAAGUAACUGUCUUUUUGUUAUAUCAUGGGUAUGCUCUGCCAUGACAUUCUUAAUUAGUCAUAGAAAGCUACAGUGAUUACAAAGAAUUUUUUUAUAAUUAUAGCACAUUUUAUCAGUCAGACAGUAUUGAAAAUGAAAAAAGUGUUUUAACUUUUGAAAUGCUUGUUGGUAGUGGUUUUAUUUAAAGUAAUGCAGAGCUGCAUUUUAUUGAAGUAUUUAACUCCAUAUUGAAGUUUCUUUGUAAAUAUUCUCACUUGUAAAGUUCAAAUGUGAAAAUCAUGAAGUGUCAUUUAAACAUAUUUCUCUCCCUUUUAUUUCCUUCUUCUGAAAAUUUCAGAAGUAAAAUGUAAUUAUGUGGCCAAGGAAACAAAGUUGCUCGUUUUAAGGUAGCAUCUUUGUUUUCCAAAUUAUUUGUCCUAACUAGGUUAGUAUAAGUAUGCAGUGGGCAGAUGUUGGGGGAUGGUGUACAUGUAUUAUCUUUGACUGUUAAAAUUGUCUUGACUUUUAUGAGGUGAAAGUUUCCAAUGCUGUUGUAAAUUGAUUGGCCACUUUUUAGGUGUUCUCAAAACUUACUUAUUGUGGGUGUGUACUUGAAGAAUAAAUAAUUAUGUCUCCCCCAGGAGACAUAUUGUUUUUGCCCUGUCCGUCCGUCCGUGCGUACGUCACACUUCAUUUCCGAGCAAUAACUGGAGAACCAUUUGACCUAGAACCUUCAAACUUCAAAGGGUUAUAGGGCUGCUGGAGUAGACGACCCCUAUUGUUUUUGGGGUCACUCCAUCAAAGGUCAAGGUCACAGGGGCCCGAACAUUGAAAACUAUUUCCGAUCAAUAACUAGAGAACCACUUGACCCAGAAUGUUGAAACUUCAUAGGAUGAUUGGACAUAAAGAGUAGAUGACCCCUAUUGAUUUUGGGGUCACUCCAUCAAAGGUCAAGGUCACAGGGGCCUGAACAUUGAAAACCAUUUCCGAUCAAUAACUAGAGAACCACUUGACCCAGAAUGUUGAAACUUCGUAGGAUGAUUGUACAUGCAAAGUAGAUGACCCCUAUCGAUUUUGGGGUCACUUUAUUAAAGGUCAAGGUCACAGGGGCCCGAACAUUGAAAACCAUUUCCGGUCUGUAACUUGAGAACCACUUUACCCAUAACGUUGAAACUUCAUAGGAUGAUUGGUCAUGAAGAUUAGAUGACCUCUAUUGAUUUUGGGGUCACUCUGUCAAAGGUCAAUGUCACAGGAGCCUGAACAUUGAAAACCAUUUCCUGUCAGUAACUUGAGAACCACUUGACCCAGAAUGUUGAAACUUAAUAGGAUGAUUGGUCAUGCAGAGAAGAUGACCCCUAACGAUUUUGGGGUCACUCUGUGAAAGGUCAAGGUCACAGGGGCCUGAACAUGGAAAACCAUUUCCGGUCAGUAACUUGAGAACCACUUGACCCAGAAUGAUGAAACUUCAUAGGAUUAUUGGUCAUGCGGAGUAGAUGACCCCUAAUGAUUUUAGGGUCACUCUGUUAAAGGUCAAGGCCACAGGGGCCUGAACAUGGAAAACCAUUUCCAAUCAAUAACUUGAGAACCUCUCGACCCAGAAUGUUGAAACUUCAUAGGAUGAUUGUUCAUGCAGAGUAAAUGACCCCUAUUGUUUUUGGGAUCACUCCGUUAAAGGUCAAGGUCACAGGGGCCUGAACAUUGAUAACCAGUUCCGAUCAAUAACUUGAGAACCACUUGACCCAGAAUGUUGAAACUUCAUAGGACGAUUGAACAUGCAGAGUAGAUGACCCCUAUUGAUUUUGGGGUCAGUCUAUUAAAGGUCAAGGUCACAUUGGCCUGUUUAUGUAAAAUCAUUUUUUGGGAAAUAACUUGAGAACCACUUGACCUACAAUGUUGAAACCUAAUAGGAUGAUUGGACAUGCAGAGUAGAUGACCCCUAUUUAUUUUGAGGUCACUUGAUCAAAGGUCAAGGUCACAGAAGCCUGAACAGUGACUUGAGAACCACUAGGCCAAGAGUGAUGAAAUUUAGCGGGAUGAUUGGACAUGCCAAGUAGAUGAUCCCUGUUGCAGCCAACCAUCAGUGUCUCUUUGACUUUCGCUUCUGACCCCUAUUGACUUCUUGCCUAUAAGACUUUGCAUUGGGGGAGACAUGCGCUUUUUUACAAAAGCAUUUUCUAGUUUCUCAUUGGUUGUGAACUCAUGUGGGUAUUGUGAAUUAAUAUUUGAAUUUGAGAUGAAAUGUGUUUUCUUGGUAGUUGACAAGCGUUUUAGCUUGUGGAUAUUGACUUUGUAUAAAUGUAAUUUUCACUUUGAAUAAGUAGAACCUGGUUAUAAUAAGCUAUGACAAUCUCUCAAGGCAUUGUUGUCACAUUUUACAUUAUAUACACUUAAUGAAAUUUCUAAUGCUACCUCGAUAUCAUGGUCAAUAUCUUUGAUUUCACUUGCAUUAUGAAAGAUGAAAGUUAUCACAUAGGUAAAACAUGAAGGGCUAGUAAAUGGAUGUCUUGUUUGAAUUGUCUAGUUGGUUGAUGUUACUUUAUUACGACCAUUUUCUACUUUUUCGUAUUAUACUGUAAAAUCAUUUAAUUUCGUGGGCAUGAAAUUUCGUGGUUUUGGCCAAAACGGCGAUUUCAUUGGGACAUAAAUUCGUGGAUUUCUACUUUUGAACAUAAAAUGAAUGGGAAUUUUACUUGCUCGUUGGCAUUAAAUUUCGUUGAUUGGCUCAACCACGAAAAUUAGUCCCCUACAAAUAUUAAUGAUUUCACAGUAUUUAGCAUUUUAAACUGUGUUAUCAAGAUUAUUGUUACGAUUUUCUGAAUGAAAUAAGCACAAUCUACAAUGUAGAUUAUAAGUAAGGCUGAAUGAUUCAGAAAUUAAUGUAUUCUUGUUUUAUUAUCUUUUAAUUAUUUUUAGAUCACCAAAGCACAAAGUGCUGUUGAUGAUGUUUUUUUUCUCGCUUUUUAGAAUCCUCAGUGUCAUUUUUGACAAGUAUGUCUAAAGUUUAAGAUCACAAUGACCUUGAAAAUGAAAACAAUUUAUGAUCGAUAAUUUCCUCCGAACUUCAAACAGGUCAGUACAUGUGCCCAAUUUUUUUAGGGGUCAUUAUCUCAAAGGGCAUGUUUAAGGUGACCUUAAGAAUAAAAAGGUUUCCUGUCUAAACCUUGGAACUUUUCCUUUUAUCAGUAGAUUAAGUCUUUCAUAUUUGGAAUCAUUCUGUAAAAGGUCAAGGUCACAGUGAUCUUGAUACUCAAAAUGUUUUUUGAUGGGUAACUGUGAAAGCUUGGCCUACAGCCUUCAAAAUUCAUAGUAUGAAUGUGUGUUGUCAGUAUGUCUUGAGAUCAAAGUCACAUCUGUUUCUGUAAAAUGCUACUUGAGCAUCUGCCAUCAAAUUUAUUUAAUGUUUUCAAGAUUAUUCUGUAAACCUUUAACUUGAAAUGUUUUCCUCUCUUUUUUUUUUGUACAACAUGGCAAGAAGGUAAAGGACCAAAUUGUUGACCAAAAAAGUAAUAUAAGAAUGGUAUAUUUGCCCUAUGGGUAAGUGUGGAAUUACAAGUAGGCAGGUAGUGGAGUCCUGCUCCGUCUCAUUGAUGAGACAAGUGAUGUGAUUUUCCAACAUCAAGACCUAAGAUAAGAUCUAUGUCUUAGUAUAAUGAAACCAGUAUCACAUGUUUUUUUUUGUUGGACAGUCUGUAUAACAAAACAACUGUCACAUAAUGUUCUGUUAGACAGUAAUAUUGUCAGCAUACAGACUUCAUAGGUUGCUUUCCUGUGAUCAGAAGAUGACCCCUAAAGUUUUUGGGGUCAAAAGGUCAAGGUCACAAUGACCUUGAAAAUGAAAACAGUUUCUGCUCAAUAACUACAGAACACUUUAGCCUACCAUUGACAAACUUCAUAGGUUAGUAGAUGCUCCCUAUUGUUUUUAGGGCCAGUUGGUCAAGGCCACAGUGUCCUCAUGACAGAAAAUGGUUUCUGACCAAUUUCUGGAGAAUUCUUUGGGCUGUGGCCAUAUAACUUCAUAAACUGAUUGUAAGUCAGUAAAUGACCCGUUAUAGUUGAAGUUGUUGUGUCAAAGGUCACAGCAUACAAAAAUUUGUACACAGUUGCCUUCAACAUGCAAUUGUUGGGUGGGGCAUAUAUCUUUUACAAACAGUUCUUGUUGUAUUUAUUGUUGUCAGUAUUAAUAUACAAUUUAACUUAGGCAAUUAUUAUGCCUGUGUCAAGUGUCUUGAUGCUUGUCAUCUUAAGCUCUUUUUGAAGAAUGUUUAUAUCAUUUGUGUAAUGUUAGGAGUUGUAUUGUAUGGCAGUUGCCUGAUAUGUAGAAGAUAUGUAUAUGCUUGCUUGGAAAACAUUGUUUCACUUGCUUUUUGUAGUGAUCUAUGUCAGUUUUAUGACUUUGUUAGAGAGAAAAAAACAUUUUUAAUUCACCUGAACUAUGUUCAGGGUGAGCUAUUAGUAUAGGUGGAUACUACACUGUCUGUCAUCCAUCGUUCUGCAUCAACAUUUUUACUUAAACAUCUUCUCUGAAACUUCUGGUCAGAAUUACACCAAACUUGGUCAGUAACAUCCUGGAAUGGACCUGUGCUGCUAGAACUAAAAUAGAAAAACUUUAAAAAAAACUUCUUCUCAUGAACCGCUGGAUGGAUCUCCAUCAAACUUGGUCUGUAGCAUCAUUAUAAGGUCCUGUCACAAGUGUGUUUAAAUAGGGGCACUUGGCCCCUUUUAGAGGCCACUAGAGCCAAAAUUAGAAAUACCUUUAAACAACUUCUUUUCAUGAACCACUUGAAGGAUGUUCAUCAAACUUUGUCUGUAGCAUCAUUAUAAGAUCUUCUCCCAAUUUUGUUCAAAUUGGGGCAGUUGGACCCUUUUAGGGACCACUAGAACUAAAAAUAUAAAUGCUCUAAAAGACUUCUUCUCAUGAACCACUUGAUGGAUCUUCAUCAGAUUUGAUCUAUAGCAUCAUUGAUGGGUCCUCUCCCAAUUUUAUUCAAAUGGGGGCACUUGGCCUCUUUUAGGGGGCGCUUGAGCCAAAAUUAGAAAUACUUUUAAAUGACUUCUCAUGAACCGCUAGAAGGAUCUUCAUCAAAGUUGGCUUGUGGCAUUAUUAUAAGGUCUCUCCCAAUUUUAUUCAAAUGGGGGCACUUGGCCCCUUUUAGGGGACACUAGAACCAAAAAAAAAUAAAAGCCUUUAAAAGACUUCUACUCAUGAACUGCAUGAUGGAUCUUCAUCAAACUUGGUCUGUAGCAUCAUUAUAAGGUCCUCUCCCAAAUUUAUGCAAAAGGGGGCAGUCUGUCCCCCUUUUAUAGGCCACUAGAACAAAUAUAGAAAUGUCUUCAAAAGACUUUGUCUCAUGAACAGCUUGAUGAAUCUUCAUCUUGAAAACCUGAUUUAUAGCAUUAAACAUAAAGCCCUUUACCAAAUGUUUUCAUUUAGGGACACAUGGCCUCUUUUAGGGCCUGCUACAGCUAAAACUAGAAAUGCCUGUUAACAACUUCUUUUAAUGAAUGGCUAGAUGGAUUUUCAUCAGACUUGGUAUGUAGGAUCAUUAUAUGGUCCUCUCUCAAAUUUGUUCAAAUGGAGGCAGUUGACCACUUUCAGGGGUUGCUAGGGCUAAAAGUAAAACUACCUUUUAAUGACUUUCUAAUCAUGAACCACUCAGUGGAUCUUCAUCAAACCUGGUCUGUGGCAUCAAUAUAAGGUCCUCUCAUAAAUGUGUUCAGUUUGGGGUGUUUGGCCGCUUAAAGGUUCAGAUGGUUAAGGUCCUCUUCAGGUGAGUGACUUAAGCCCAUUUGGGCCUCUUGUCAAAUUCAAGUAUCAAAGAAAUUCUGAAGGAGUACUGGUAUGUGUUGUUGUAUAUGCUGCAUUCCUUUAAAAUUUGUGUUUGUGAUUGUGAGCAGAGUGGUGUACACUUGUGUGUUUGUGAUUGUAAGCAGCAUGAUGUACAGUGUGGGUGUUUGUAAUUGUAAGCAGAGUGGUAUACACUGUGGGUGUUUGUGAUUGUGAGCAGAGUGGUGUACAUUGUGUGUUUGUGAUUGUAAGCAGCCUGAUGUACAGUGUGGGUGUUUGUGAUUGUGAGCAGAGUGGUACACGUACAGUGUGUGUUUGUCAUUGUGAGCAGAGUUGUGUACACUGUGUACUGUGAUUGUGAGCAGAGUUGUGUACACUAUGGGUUUUUGUGGUUGUGAGCAGAGUGAUGUACACUAUGGGUGUUUGUGAGCAGAAUGGAUUUCAUUGAAGGUGUUUUUGAUUGUGAAUAGUUUGGUGUUCAAUUUGGGUGUUGGUGAUUGUGAGCAGUGUGGUGUAUACUGUGGUUGCUUGUAAUUGUGAACAGAGUGGUGUAUACUAUUAGGGUAUGUGAUUGUGAGCAGAGUGGUUUACACUAUGAAUGAUUGUGAGUAGAGUGGUGUUCAUUGAAGGUGUUUGUGAUUGUGAGCAGUGUGGUGUACACUGUGGGUGUUUGUGAUUGUGAGCAGUGUAGUGUACACUGUGGGUGUUUGUGAUUGUGAGCAGAGUAGUGUACACUAUGGGUUUUUGGUUUUUGUGAGCAGAGUGGUGUACAAUAUUGGUGUUUGUGGUUGUGAGCAGAGUGGUGUACACUAUGGGUGUUUGUAAUUGUGAGCAGUGUGGCAUACACUAUUGGUGUUUGUGAUUGUGAGCAGAGUGGUAUACACUAUGGGUGUUUGUGAUUAUUAGCAGUAUGGUGUACACUGUGGAUGUGGGUGGUUGUGAGCAUUAUGGUGUUAAUUGUAGUAGUCUGUGAUUAUGAGCAGUGUGGUGUUCACUGUGGGUGUUGGUGACUGUGUGGUGUACAUGUUGGGUGUUGUUGAUGAUUGUAAGCUCGCUGAAGUACCCUGGCGGACUCGAGCAAUUCACAUGCGCUUGUCUGUUUUCUAUUACCUAUAUAAAAUUACCACGUCCGGGUCAAGCGUCUUUAACUCAGUCACGCUGCUUCCGUUUUUGUUAUUGCACAACUAUAGCCCGGGUGUCAAAAAAUAUACACCUUUUAAGUUUUUGGAAUGAAACAGUUUCUGCAUUUUUUACACAAUGUUAGCAUUGCAUGAUUUUGUCUCUUAACAAAGUUUAGAUAUUUGUUUGACGAAUAUAUGUGACAAUGCAGCAUUGACUUGUAUGUAUGGUUGCUAUACAUGAAAAUAAAAAAAAUCACUUUUA